GCCCAUGAGUGUCCUGAUAUCAUCCUCCCCUCCUAUUUCUUCUCUCUUCCUAGAUCUUUACCAGGAACACAGCAUCAAAAACAGAAACACAUCCGAUGGAGAAAUUUGUGUCACCCCUCCCAGAGUCAUCAAGCCUGCUCCUUUGCCUGACAAAUCCUUCAGACCUACACUCUCCUUCGUAAGGAGGAAAAAGUCUGUGGUAUUUGCAGAUAGCAUGGGCUUACCUCUUACCCAGGUAAAGAUGUUGAAAGUAGAGGAGUUAGAGCCUGCUCCCCCGCCACAACGACCCAGAUUAGCAUCCAGACCUUCAACCCCACUACACUCUCCCUCUAUCUCCCUAUCACCUGGCCUCAGACUCAACUUUGCCCAGCCCAUCUCCCGUCUAAACUAUUUAGACACAAUCAGACGGAAUCGUGUUGGUUUGGAGAAUGUGCUGGUUGACAAGUUCACUCUGACAGGCACCAUCCUCAUUCACAACAUUUGCUUCGAGAAGACGGUUAAAGUGCGAUAUACCCGGGAUUACUGGCUGACCCACCAGGAGGUGGUAUCAAACUAUUGUGCACCGGUUGCAGGUGAUAUCGACAAGUUCUCGUUCAGUCUCACUCUCCCUAGUACCCUCCCUCCCGGGGCUCGUGUAGAGCUCUGUGUUUGUGCUACUCUUGGAGAUCAGGAGUUUUGGGACAGCAACUUCGACAGGAAUUACCAGAUUGAGUGUCUUCUCAUGCCGCCCAAAUCCAGAGGUCUACACGAUCUGAUAAAUGGUGGGAUUCACCUCAUGCCUCGUGUAUCUCUUGAAGAAGACAGUUCGGCUGGGAUCUACUACUGACCAAGAUUUGAAUGAUAAGAACUGAUCAGAUUAUGAUCAGUACUGGGCCGUAUCUGAGGCCGAGUGUCUCCUAUGAAGCAAAUAGUUCGGCUUGAAUAUGCUACUGACAAUUGGAGAUAAGGGGAAAGAAAGAUCACUAUAUCCUGACUGAAGCCGCCAAGCGGACUUAUUGACUCGUUAAUAGUAUGUUUGCCCAAGUUGGGCUCCUUUUGGAAUGCAGCCCUUGCAGGGUCACUUGAAAUACUGUUGUUUAUGACAGAGGGUUUUGUUAUGCUGAUAUAAGAUACAUAUUACAUAUGAUUGCUUACUGCGACAGAUUCUGUUGUUGUCAAGCCAUGGAAGGGUGAUAGGUACCUCUGUAAAUUAAUAAAUGAUUAAAUCCCGUUGGCCACGAAUCUCUGCUGAAAGAUAUGGGGCACUGAUUUAAGGGAAAUUUGAAGUAAGAUACAAUACUUAGACAUUCAUGUUGGUUAAUGAAAAUAUCAGUAAUUUAGUAAUCAUGACAGAUGCACAGAAGUUUCUUUCACACUCAUAUUUCCAUGUACGGCCAUUAAAAUGGGAACAUUUUUCUCAGAAAUGAAUAAAAGAAGGUUGAAAAAAUAAACUUUGAUCUAAUGGAUAUAAAAAUAACAGAUAUGAAGAAGUCCUAACUCUCAAGUCUCAACCAAAUUUCGUUCCUGUUAUUCACAGGAUGGGAGUGAGAAAGUUCCUAAAACUAAUAUUGUUCUUCAAGACGUUAUUACUGAGGGUUCAUGAAACUAAUACUUUUUGGGAUCUGUAAAUAACGCUCAACUUAUUGCACAUUGUUAUUAAUCUGAAUGUGCAAUCACUGUGUUAAACGACCAGUCUUGAAACGAAAUGGCCCAGUAUUGUCGUACAAUAUAUUAACUCUAUGAAAAGCAAACUAUUGGUGAACUUUAAUGAUAUCGAAGGAAUUUUAUCGUACGAAAAAUAUUUUUUUAAAUAUUGAAUGAACAUCGAUGAUCAUUUGGAAAUGGAACAUCUAAGCAUCCUUCAUUAUUCAUAUCCAAGAAAAGCCCAACGAAAUGCUUCUUCAGGUUUUUUUUUAAUAUUGAAUGAACAUCGAUGAUCAUUUGGAAAUGGAACAUCUAAGCAUCCUUCAUUAUUCAUAUUCAAGAAAAGCCCAACGAAAUUCUUCUUCAGGUUUUUGUGUUAAAUAGAGUGAUCAUCUAAGUAAACACUUAUUCAAAUACUCGACGAAAAAAAACUCGAUAAGAUAUAAAAUGUAAAUUCUUACUAUAUACGAAUUGACCGGUAACCCAAUCCUGUUAAUGUUGGUACAUCACCCUUCCUUCCUAUCAGUUCUUAUUUCUUAAGGCAGAACAAUUUCUCAUUACAAAAAUACAAUCACAAACCCGUGGGCCGCAAAUUUAAGUGGCUUUUCAUCUUUUCACUCUCUACUUUUCUCGAUUUCAAUUAAAUUAUUUCACAUCUUCAGACAAGAAAAGGAAUGAGUGUGAAAAGCAUGUCAAUUUGAUUUUUCGUUGAUUUCGUUUAAAUUUUACUAUUUUCUUGGAGGAUGACGACAUUGGUUUAAAUUUAUUUGAACAUGGUGAAUAACUUUUUACGUUAUCAUACACUUUACUUAAUCCUCCAGAAAUAAAUGUUAUGAUAUUGUUAUUUACAUGUUAUUUUUGUAUUUAAAUAUAUAAAAUAUAUUUGAAUGCUGACCAGUGCACAAUGACCAUCUUACUUCCGUACAGGAUGAUCAGAAAUAUUUCUUUCAAAUGUAUUUCUCGCUAUGCUUGUAUUUUGAAAUGUAUGUAAAAACAAUCGUGAUAUUCCCAUUGUAAUUAAUACAAAUAUUGAUAUUUCCUAAAGUUUUUUGAAAUGA